AUGUGUAUCGGUACAUCGGCUCACAAUCAAUCAAUAUGUGUUUGCGACGUGAAUAAAUUUGGUCCUCGAUGUCUUAUUAACACCGUAUGUCAAACGACCGAGAAGAAUUCCAUGUGCCAACAUCAAGGCCAGUGCGUCCCUACAGAUGACUAUAUGAUGUCGGAUCGAAAGUUUCGAUGCAUCUGCAAGCAAGGUUUUAGCGGCGAGCGUUGUGAGACCGAAGAUAGUCAAUUUGUUUUGUCAUUUGCUGAAAAUAUUGUGUUAACGAAAUCGAUACUUAUACAUUUCAUCGAAAUUAUCAAGAAUAACACACCGGUGACAGCAACUACUUCGAAAAUAAUUCACUCUCAACGAGAUUCAAUUUCUAUUCGUUGGUCGCAACCAUUUCAUAUCGUUUUCAUUGAAUUUUUUCCAGAGAAACUUUACUAUCUAGCUCUUGUUCAAAGCAACUACCGACAAUCGACAAUGUUAACUCGAAUGAUCAAUUCAUCAAAUUAUUGUCCACAUGUCAGUGAAAUAUUCAAUAAAAGCUUCAGUCAAUGGCAUCUACUCCGUCGGAUCAAAUCUUAUCACCUGGCAUGCCAAUCAGAACGAUCGUGUUUUUACGAUGAUGUUCAUUUUUGUCUGUGCUACGAUUAUAACGAUAAACGUUUGGCCAAUUGUUUCGAAUUCGAUUAUCAAAUGAAAUUUGAUUGUGCUGGUGAAAGCGUUUGUGAAAACGAAGGUCGUUGUUUUCAAGAAUUUCAAGGUUGUCCACGGCAUUCAACUUGCAUCUGUCCAUCCUGUUUCUACGGAUAUCGAUGUCAAUUCAGUGCACGUGGGUUUGGUUUGUCAUUAGAUGCCAUUAUAGGAUAUCAUAUUCGACCAGACGUCAGCAUUCUGCAGCAAUCAACUAGUGUCCAAUUGAGUUUAAUUCUGAUCAUCAUGUUCACUAUCAUCGGAUUUAUCGACGGUAUUCUUUCGUUAAUCACAUUCCAAAGCAAAGCUGUACGUGAGGUUGGUUGUGGUUUGUAUCUCUUGUGUUCUUCGAUUACGACUUUACUCCUAAUAUCUGUGCUAGGAUGUAAAUUCUUCAUACUUUACCUUGCGCAGGUCAAUUCAAUAUCCAAUCGGUCGUUCUUGCAAAUUCAAUGCAUAACUCUGGAUUUUGUUCUUCGCAUUUGUCUCAAUAUGGAUCAAUGGCUUGCUGCAUGUGUGGCCUGUGAGCGGGCAGUGACUGCAAUACAGGGUGUUCGUUUUAUUAAACAUAAAAGUACACAAACCGCUAAGAUAAUUAUUAUCAUUCUUUUGAUAUUUAAUAUUGGUACAACGAUACAUGAUCCUAUACAUCGACGUUUAAUUGACGAGGAAGACAAUGAAAGUGGCGAGAAACGCAUUUGGUGUAUUACUACUUACCCAUCGAGACUGCAAACAUUUGAUCAUUUUAUGAAUACAUGCAAUUUUUUCGUACCAUUUGUGAUAAACUUUGUUUCUGUUGCCAUUCUGAUCAUCAAAAAGUCCUAUCUACAGGCCAGUACGCAAACUCGUAAACGCUUUCUCCAUCUUUUUCGAGAACAAAUUCAUCAACAUCAGCAUCUACUAAUUGCUCCAAUUGCAUUAAUUGUUCUCGCACUCCCACGUUUGAUCAUUUCCUACGUAUCGCGAUGCAUGGAAUCCAUCGAUGAUAUGUGGGAGAACAUAUUUAUUUCCAGUGAUGUACUUAGUAUUAUUAAUAUUCGACUUGAAGCCUAUCCAACUAAUUCGGCGGACAUUGAUAUGAAAAGAUUUGGUUCUAAACGUAUACGCCGCAGUUAUGAUAUUACGAAGAGUAUUUCUCGUACACUUGAAUCUCCAUCACUAUUUAUUGAACGCGGCUCCGUCAAUAUUUUGGGAUAUCAACAGGAAACAUGUUAUCAUAUGUAUGCUGACAAUAUAACAGUAAUCGGCAAUCUGAUGGUACCAUCAACCUAUAUUCCCUUUUCCGAAAGAAAGGGUUAG